GGCUCGUAUUCAGAACGACGCAACCUCUGCACUCUAUCCUAAUAUUAGAGAAUGCGUUCGGAUCACAUGGAAACAGGAAGGAGCAAAAGGUUUCUAUCGAGGACUCGGGACCAACAUAGUCAGGGUACUGCCUGGGACUUGUAUAACGUUGGUGGUUUACGAAAAUAUCGCCUGGUUGCUUAGAAGACAGGCCACGAUCCGUGACAACAAGCUCGAUCCCGUCAACCAGACAAAUCGCAUCUCUACCGAGUAA